AUGGCACACUCAUCUGCCAAAUCCCGCCUCUUCAGCUCACUGAACCGCAGCCGCACCAGCUCACCCAACGUUGACGAAUACGCGACUGCAGGAAGCUUCGAUCUGAACAACGACCAGAUCCUCAACUCGACCGUCAACAUGCCGGACGACAGUAGGCAGGGCCUCCCACUGAACUAUGACGAGCACCCAAGCUUUGUAGCGGCCUCCGAGGAUGACAGCGAAGGAAGCGCAGAUUUGUCUAUCGAGCUGGGUAGAGGCGCUAGGCGAGGAGCACGAGAGCAGGACGCCGAUGUAUCGAGCAACAUUGUGCUCAACUUUGGGGGUGAUAGUCAGUAUGAAAUUACAGGCACACCGCCAGUAAGACCACGUAAUAGCCUGCGCAAGAGCGACGGUCUGCUUCGGGAAGCAUCUGCGCGCAAGGCCAACGACGCGCUGAAGCGCAACGCCAGCAACAAUAACAAGCAGCGAUCUCUGUCUGAGGCCCUGGCCAACAUGACCCAAGAGAGUGAGGUGUCUAUGGCUGUCGACGACUUCCAACAAGCCACGGCGACCUUCACUACCCGCAACACGCGCUUUAUGCGCUCCAGACAAGUAUCCACGAACGAGCAAGUCGCUCCACCACCAACGCGUUUCUCCAGUGCCCAAGAUGGCACACCGCGUCGCCAAGCUCUUAACAACCCAACAGUCCAAUCUGCCACCUAUACUGCCAACUCCUUCAUGCUGCCGGACCUGCCCAAUAUCACCGAGCUCGUCUCUGGUGUCCGCAAGGAUGGCACGCCCGUCUUCAACCGCGCGUCCAACAAGCCUCGAUCACGCUUCACAUCUGCUGGCAACUACAAGCAGCUCCAGCCACAACACAUGCCCCUUGAGAGCCUACCGAUUCCCGAGGAAGAGAAGGCCAUCUUCGCCUCGCUACAGCUGCUCCAGCAGAAAGUCGCUGAGCUGGAGACGAGCCGUUCGGAGGCACAGAAGCGUGCUGAGGAGUACGAAGGCGAGAUCAUUGAUCUACGCAGCCAGCUUGAUGCCGAGCGCCGCAGACCAGAUAGUGCUUUGGGAUCUGAUGUGGAUGAUGAUGCUCAGAGUAAGUCUCGUAUGGAGAAGACGAGAUUGCAGGGUUCACUUAAGGCGGCUCAGGACAGGCUUGAUCGUGCUGAGCGCAAAAUCAGUAUUAGCGAAAUCACUGUCCAGAGGAUUACGAAGGAGAGAGAUGAGCUUGUGACGCAAAUCGGAGCGGCGUACUGCAACACGGAAGAAACGGAGAGGGAGAACGAGACCUUUAGGGAGCGCUAUGCAGAAAUGCAGGGAGAAUUUGAUGAUAUGCAGGAGGAGAUGCAAGAAUUGAGGAAGGAGAACGAGGAGUUGAGAAUGCUUCUGGCACAAGGUCAAGCUCUGGGUAAUAAGGAUACUUCGAGUAAGGUGCGUCGUGCGCAGGAGUCCAGUAGGAACAGGGUGGAGACUCGCAGAGAAAAUAGUCGAAGUGGGCGAGACAUCACGCGUGAGAGGCUGGAGAGUAAGGAUCACAGCCCCGAGAGACAGGAGCCUGCUUUGCGCAGCCGAAAGGAAGCCAAGGCUACAUCGGUCAGAGAGCCUAACCCGAGACGCCAGUCAUUCACAGCAACGGAGUCCAUGCAGGAGGAUAUCGCCGCCAGAAUCGCUCGCGAAGUCCAGAGACACCGCGCUGAAGCCAUGGCAACCAAAGCUCUGGAGCGCAGCGAGCGUGAUGCUAAAGGUUUGCGAGACAGCUCCAGCCGUUCGAGGUCGAAGUCGCAACGCCGUCAAGCAGCUGCCGGUGUAGAGCAUCGUGUUUCAACCUCGAAAAGUACUGUUUCCGCACCCACCAUGGCGGAAAUGAGCGAGCCAGAGUCGACAGGCGAAGAGAUGACGCAAAAGACGCGUGACACGCUUAAGAAGAUGCACCUCCCAAGCCCAGCGAAGCAAAAGCUCCGCGCAGAAGAUACUCGCGAUUUGACUCUUCUGAGCUAUCAAAGCCCAGAGGAUGUGGCGGACUUACGUCGCAAGAUUGAGGAGGAGCAUAUGGCAAGACGUGCCAAGCGCAAUGCCUCUGCUCCGGAGACGCGACAUGAAGAGACCAUUCGCUCGAAUAAUACUGGUUUCCUGCCUCGCAAGUCGUCGCUGAAGGACCUCACAGCUGGUCUCGAUAAUGGCACUGGCCGCUUCAGUCUUGCUGGAGAGGGCAAUCUCGACUUUGCGAAAGCUCCAAAGACCGUGCGCGUGCAAUCACCUCACACAUCUGAUGGCUCUGCUCUUACGCAACAGCAUGACGAGGCUGGAGAUGCGUCAAUCUUGAGCAAUACCAGCAGACGUCGUCAUCGUCGCGCGAUGAGCGAGGAGGGCAUGACUUCAGCUUUCAUAUUGCCAGACAUUACUCUGCACAGCUCGCAGCCUAUACCGUCCACAAUCGGGAGUGGCAAGACUUGCAAUCAGCACAAUGCAACCUCGUGCACGGCUUGCCAUCCUGGCGAUGCUUCAGUCACUAUCCCGACGCCCGUUCCAGUCACCGAUCGGGAGGCCGUGGAAGACCCGGACAUCACGACUGCCACUAUUCGUCCAGCUCAGGCACCGCCUUUGGCUCUAGCGACCGUCAUCAAGAAUCUUGAGGACGAGAUCGUGCACCUGAAGCUCCAGCUCGAAGCCCAGCAACGCCGCUAUCACCAGCAUACUCCAGCUCUCUCGAAGCGUCAGCGUCUGGCGACUAACAGCAAGAUCCAACGUCUGACCACUGAAGUCGAGAAGCGCAGUGAUCAGGUCUACGCACUGUACGAUGUCCUCGAAGGUCAGAAGCAAGCUGCGGCUUUCGCCAUCCUGCAGGGUGCAGAGGCAGAGAAAGGCAUGAAUGCUGAAGAGGUGGAAGAGACUUUAAUGAGUAUCGGCCUUGAUGCAGCCGAGCUUUCGGGUCGUGUCGGUAGAGCCGCGCCGUUUGGUCUAGACGGGCAAGGUGGUGUGAUUAGCGAGAGCAAGAACGAGGAGUUGCCUUGGGAGGGUUUGAGUGAUUACGAGAGUGAGGAGGAGGUGGAGAUGCGUCGGGGAGGCAUGGGGGAGAUGCGUAGGAGUGCUGUGUUCUGA